AUGGCUAUCAUCCAAUCCCUCCUCAACUUGGCCAAUUUCGCCAGUCCACUCAAGCGGACUGUCGUCCCCUGCAUCAUGGUCGCUUACGCGAUUCAGAUUGUCGUGGCUAUUCCCUCAAUCAUCUACAAGUCCGAUCGCUUCUUUGACGCCUCGGGGUUGUCUACUUUCCUCACCAUCAACAUUCUGAGCCUCUACCUGCCUGCCAUCAGGGCCAAGUAUGGCGGGGACAACCUUGAACAAGUCGCGGAUGCAGUCAAGGAGGGCGUCCGAAUGGUUACCGGAACCCAACCUGGAUGGGGAAGCCUCUUGGUGGCACCCUUCAAAAGAUGUAACAUUGUUCAGGAAGUCGCCGCUGGCACCCCUCUCGCCGUUGACUACAACUGGAGACAGCUUGCCUUGAGCGGUGCGGUCACUAUUUGGGCUGUGAGGUUGGGAGUCUACCUAUUUCGCCGCAUUCUUCGCGAAGGCCACGACCGCCGCUUCAAUGAGAUCCGGAUCAACCCCCGCCGCUACCUCAGGGCCUUCAUCGGCCAGGCCACCUGGGUCAUAUUUUGCAUGCUGCCCGUUAUUGCCGUCAACUCAAUCCCUUCCGGCGUUCCUUCACUCCAAGACAUCAAGCCCACGGACCUCUCGGGGUUUGGAUUGUGGGUUGUCGGCUUCGUGGUAGAAGUCGUUGCCGAUUACCAGAAGAGCAAAUGGCAAAAGGGGAAGCGGGAUAAGGUACACGACGAGCAGUUCCUCACCAGCGGCUUGUGGUCCCAGUGUCGAUUCCCAAACUACUUGGGCGAGUCGAUGCUCUGGACGGGCAUCUGUACCGUUACCUUCGGCGUUCUUAUCUUUGACGACGUUCGGGAGGCUCUAGCCGCUGCCGAUUCCUUCCCCAUGAGUAUCCUUUCGGUCAUUUUCUUCUGCACAGUCGGCCCUGCGUUCGUGACUUUUUUGAUGCUGAAGGUCACGGGCGUGCCGUAUGCCGAGAGAAAGUACGACAAGCUGUUUGGCGGUGACAAGAAGUACCAGAAGUGGAAGAGGGAGACACCCAGGUUCAUCCCUAUCUCUUCUAAGUAUCUUUAGAACGUGAACGACGGGCAGCACGUACGCAUAGUUCGAGUGGG